AUGGUAGCCGUGGGGAUCUCGCUUAUCGUCGCCUCUGUUGUUUGGGUAUUUUUCCGACCACCGGGUUGGUUGCCCCCAUGGCUCUUGCAAUGGAGAGCCUUCCUCAGAGGCAGCAUCGGGGCUGACCCUUCAUCGGGACGCCGCGAGGCUCGAUCUGAUGAUUCUCCCGGGACACACCGGGGGGAACAUACCGGAGCCAUCUCCUCGGAGGACACCCCGUCAGCUGCUCGGGAGGCUACUGGCAAAGGCUCCAUGCCGCCAUUAGCGUCGAUAGCCUCGCCAGCAUUCAGUUCCCAGAGUCCCUCCAAUGCUGACCAACCUGGCGAGGAGCAAACGACGCCCAAGGCAUCGCCCGCGAUACCUUCACAGCCAGUGCCCAGCUUCUCUAUAGGCGACGAUGAGUACUCUGAUACCGUGCCAGCAUCUUCCUUUUCCGCGCCGUCGCAGGGCUCAAGUCCAUCCUUGAUGCCACCGCCUCCUCGUCCGGCAAACCCGCCACGUCUCGCACAAUUCCCAGCCGCCAACUCCGCCCAGCGCGCCCGUGGCCCAACUCCAAACCGCGGUCCCUCCUCCUCUGGGCUUGCCCCUCCCCCGACACACUCAUCCAUCCCUACAAAGCCCAGCCGGAAGGUAGUCUUGACGCCUGGUCACUCUCCUCUCGACUGGGCGCGGAUAUCUGGGCCCAGCUCCGAUUUACGCGGCGUACCCUCCUCCACUCCAUACCUACGCGUAACACCCUCGAUGCUGAAGAAUCAAACGGGGCGAAAGGGCAAGGACGCGUGGAUGGGUCUGAAUGGUAAAGUGUAUAAUAUUACACCCUAUGCCGAAUUCCACCCUGGGGGGAUACCUGAACUACUGAGGGGGGCGGGCAAGGACGCAACCAAGCUAUUCGGAGAGGUUCACCCAUGGGUAAAUUAUGAUACGAUGCUCUCUGCCUGUCUCGUGGGCCUUCUGGUGGAUGAGCCUGAAGGUACUGAGGAUGUGUACGAAUAG